CUCGUCGUCCCCACAUCGUCGGCGCAAUGUCGCGCACCCUGGAAACUUUUCUGCUGCUCCUAACGCUGGUGCAGGGCUUUCGUGCGCCCAGCGGCCCAUGUAGCUUUGCAAAUCUGAAGAUGCGCCACGAGAUGAUUGAGUUCACCGGACAGACAGUGCUUAAGGUUUCCCAAGCGAUGCUCUUGGCUGCCUCCAAGACCUUCGCUAUGGUCAUCGAUGACCUCAGCUACAUGGCCGUGGAGAAUGCGGCGCUUCGCUUGCGUCUCCAGCUGCUCGGCAGCCACAUAACUGCCAUUGAGCGUUCGCAGGUGUUGGAUCUUCAGGAGAUCACUUCAGAGUACGAUCUAAGCAUAAUUGCGCACAUCUACGAUCGCUCUGUGCCAUUGCUCGGCGAUCCGGAGGCAGGAGUGCUUCCCAAAUUGUCCCGGCUAUGCGAUAAUGUGAUCUAUACGAUGGGCAUGUAUCGAAUGCAUCUGCCACCGCAUACCAGACCCAUGCGGGAACUCAAGUCCAAUCGGUCUGCACUCGAACAUGAACUGAUCUCGCAAUCGUUAAACAAAUUUGGAAUGCAGUUAAUGCAAUUCGUUAUGGCUGUGCAUUUUGCCAAGUUCUUCGAGGAGUUCGAUGCAAACGCCACAAAUCCCCAUUUCCUCCAGCCUCCCAGCGAGAUGCGCUGCAGUUGCGAUCGCGAAUUCCUGUUGUUUUACAAAUCCAUUAAAGCAACGAUCGGAGAUGAUAGUAAAUUAGAAAAGGUGUUACCACUGAGCCAAUUCCUGCUAAAUAGCGCGAAAAAAGGUGAUGAGCAACGGCUUCGGAAGGCAAAGACGUAACUACUAAGUUUAUAUUUCAGGAGAAAAUGCAAGAAUAUUAAUCGAAAAUGUGGAAUGAAAUCAUUUUCUGGGGUGCUUGAAACCAUUACAAUAUAAAUUAAUGGAUGUGA